AUGAAUUUUUCCAGCAUUUUCAAAUCUAUUUCGAAUUUCCAGUUUCCAUACACCAUAGAGGAAACUGCAAUCACUGAAACCGCCUUCUGGCAAUGUUUUGAUGGUACAAGGAAGGCAGAUUCCUUGCCAGUAACAGUUUUUAAGGCAAAAAGAUCUCCAGAAAGCGAAGCUUUAAUUUUGAAUGCUGUACACAAGGCCAAAAUUUUGAAGAUUCCAGGACUUUGCAGUGUGCUGGAGACAUUUGAUUCCGAUCCUCAAUCCACAUUUAUUGUUACAGAACGUGUAGUUCCAUUUCCUUGGGAUAAUCUAAGCUCUUUAUCUCAAAACAAAUUUGGUAUUGAAUUAGGAAUAUCACAAUUAUUGGUAACUUUGGGAUUUUUAAACAAAUUUGUCCUUGGUACACUUUCAAAAGAUUCCAUUUAUAUCAAUAUCAAAGGAGAGUGGGUACUAUUUGGACUAGAACUUUGUUCAAGCAAAGAAGGGUUAAGUGCCUUUGAAUUUUCCAGUAAAGCAAGAACAUAUUACAACAUGACCGGCUCACAGUUGCCCUGUGAAGAUUCAAAUACAAUCGAUUCAAUGGGGUUAGGUUUGUUGGUAAAGGAUCUUAUGACUCCUUCUUCUCUACCAAAAGAUUGGACUGUUAAUGUAAAUAUGAUUUCAGAUGGAAGGAUGACAAUCGAAAGCUUCAGGAAAAGGUUAGAAAAUACAGAAACUUGGCGUUCUAAUCCUUUAAUAAACUUUUAUCAAGAGUUGAAGGAAUUACAUAUAAAGGAUCCACGGGGAAAGUUGGUUGUGAUGUCAAGCUUGGAAAAUCUGUAUUUAGAGUCAAGGGAGAUUUUCCGCAAUUUAACACCUGGAAUGAUUGAGAAUUUCAUUAUUCCAGAGCUUUGUGAGAUUAUAAAAAUACUGAUGAUACAAAGCGUUGCUAGCACUGCUAGCCAUACGGGCAUGAACUUCAACGCAUCGCAUAAACUUGUACCAUUCUUAGCGAUUGUUUUAGACCUCACUUCUGAAACGAACACUUUUCCAGUUGGGUUUAACGAUCUCAUCGCUCAAAGUUUUAAACUGCCAGAUAGGCAAGUUAGAUUUCUUUUACUGAUAUACCUACCCAAAUUAAUAGGACCGUUGAGCAAAUCGGAGAUCUCCAGUAGAAUAUAUCCACAUUUUAUCCAAGGUCUGACGGACUCUGAUGCCACUCUUAGAUUACAAACAUUGAAGACAAUACCAUGCAUUGUGUCGUGUUUGACAGAGAGACAACUGAACAAUGAGUUGUUAAGGUUUCUCGCAAAAACACAGGUUGAUUCUGACAUUGAGAUUCGAACAUGGACUGUCAUUAUAAUAAGUAAAAUCUCAACUAUAUUAUCAACUUCAGUUGGCAAUCGCUCUAAUAUUUUGGCUACGGCAUUCACAAAAUCUUUGAAAGAUCCUCAUGUAAAACCAAGAUUGGCUGCACUUUAUGGGCUCGAAAAGUCGAUUGAGCUGUUUGAUGUAAACACCAUCGCCAACAAGAUCUUAACGGUCAUUGCUCCAGGUUUAUUAGAUAAAAGUUCCAUAGUAAGAAACAGAGCCAAAAUUCUGUUUGAAAUGUAUCUGGACAGAUUGGAAAAAGAAGCUCUACUUAUUCAAACAAACGAUAGUACUGACGAUUCAGAGGACAUGAAAGAAAUCGAUUUUGAUAAUUAUGGUUGCGAUGAAGAAGACAUGAAUAAGGAAGACAGUAUGUUGGCCGCAAAAUUUUUAAAUAAUUUACGCUUAAAUUCACCCUCAGCAACAAUACCAAACAACAUUACUGACAGCGAAGUCGAUUCCGCUCAGGAUGGAAAUGGGUGGGACGACUUCAGCGAUACCGAUGGCUGUACUGUAAAUAGUACCACGGAAUCCCUUGACAAACUGGCAAGUCAUGUAAUAACUACAAACACCCAAAAAUUUUCUGGAAGACCUAUUAAAAUUAAUAAGAGUUGGAAUGAUGAAUUGAAUGAUAAUGACUGGACUCAAGAUGAAAGCAGCCCAUCAAAGGAGCCUGGAGAUUACUCAAAGCCACAAGCUUCGACUUUGGCAAAAAAAAUCGCCCCUAAUUCAAAGCUUUCUAUCAAGAAGAAGAAAACAACAAUCCUCGCACCAAGAACCAUUGCUAGUAGUGCCACUGCUGCUACCAAAACGUCACUAUCAAAUAAAACAGCAAGAAGUAAGCUUGCAAGUAAUGUUCGUGCCUCGGUAAUCAAUGAAAAACAUGUUGAUAGCUGGGAUGAUGAUGGAGAUGCAGAAUCCUGGGAUACAAAUUGGUGA